CGGAAUAAAAAAACCCUGUAACUGUUGAAUGUUGUUUUUUCCAAUAUAAAUGCUUGUAGUGGGGACACUCUCCCACAAGAACACAGACAGAAACAUGGCAGAUUCAGUGGGUGAGUGGCACUUGACAGGUAUGGUCUUUCUCUUCAUCGUCUGGGCAUCGUCCUUGUCGGCAUUCGAACAGCACAACCUCCAAAGCUGCAAUACAACUUCUCAUCAAGCAUCAUGGUACAGUUGCCGUUCCGAGCUUGUAAAGUGUCAGACUUUCGCGGUUAUUCGGGCAAAUUCACAGUUCGAUUCGCUCUCGAAAGUGAGUUCCCAGCUGGGAGUGGAUCCCUUAGCUGUUGCCGCCGCCAGCGGUUUGGACGCAGACGCUGAGUUCGUGUCGGAGGGUCAGCUUCUGCUUCUCCCAGUUGUCUGCAGAUGCAACGGAAGCUUCUACGAGGCCUCUCUUCUCAGAACUUGCGUCAAUGGAGACAGCUUUCUCUCCAUCGCUGAGUCUCUUCAAGGCCUGACCACUUGCCUAGAUGUAAGAGAGAAGAAUCCAGAAGUUUCUGAAGAGAAUCUGGGACAGAAUGUUCAGUUGGUUGUGCCGUUUAGGUGUCGUUGCCCAGACCAAACCGUUUCAAACGCGGAAUUCAUUGUUUCUUACCCGAUGAGCGACGGGGACAGCAUUUCGAGCUUAGCCCAUCGGUUCAAUACGUCAGAGAAGGAUAUUCUGUCUGUGAACAACGGAUCUCAAGUGGGUCCUUUCACUUCUGUUCUGGUCCCACUUGAUCAUAGGCCGGUUCUGGAUCCUUUGUCUAAACCCUUGGUUAAACCUCACAGGAAGAAAAAACUAUCAAAAGGGGCAAGGAAGAAGCGCCUUUACAUGGCCAUAAUCGGCACAGUCGCGGGACUCGCCGUUCUUAUAAUGAUCUUGGUGUUUGGUUACUUGCGCCACAAAAGAAGGUCCAAAACGCAGACGCGAGGCUCGAUCAGCAACAAAGAUCCAGAGACGCAGCAGCUCAGUCUGAGCGUUCGCACCGCUAGCGACAAGAAAGUCUCGUUCGAAGGUUCAGUACAAGACGGUCCGACGACGGACUGUCAGAAUACAAUCGGCACCUCAACGCCGCGGAAGCUCGUUCUCGAGAUUUUCACCAUUGAAGACUUAGAGAGAGCUACCGAGAAUUUCAGUCCGGGCAAUCACAUCGAGGGCUCGGUGUAUCACGGCCUGUUCAAAGGCAAGGACUUGGCGAUAAAGCGAGUGGGUGCAGAAACGAUGAAAAGAGUCGAUUUUGGGCUUCUAACCGAUCAGUCAUACUUCAAUCACAACCUGAUCAAGGUUCUGGGGACGUCGUGUUUCGGAGAAGAGGACAAAGACGGUUAUUUGGUUUUCGAAUACGCCAAGAAUGGAUCGUUGAGGGACUGGAUCCAGAACAAACUAGCGAUCAAGAACCAGUUCAUCGAGUCGUGCUACUGUUUCUUGGGGUGGAAACAGAGAAUCAGAAUCUGUCUCGACGUGGCUAUGGCCUUGAAAUACAUGCACCAGAUGAAUUACGUCCACCGCAACCUAAAAAGCAGGAACAUCUUCCUGGACGAAGAUCUCAGAGCCAAAGUUGGGAACUUUGGCAUGCCGAAAUGCGAUGAUGAUUCUCCCAAGUAUGAUAAAGAAACCGAUGUUUACGCCCUCGGGAUUAUCCUUCUGGAGGUGUUGACAGGUCAAACGGCGGAAACGUUGCUUGGAGCGCAAGAAACACGGGAGAAACUGGUGUAUGCGCUCGGGGACAAGGAAACGCUGAGGGAAAUGAUGGACAGUGCGUUGGGGGAGAGUUAUGCGGUAGAAUCGGCUUUGGAAAUGGCGAGAAUUGCCAGAGAUUGCGUAGCGGAAGAUUCUGGAUCGAGGCCGAAUGCUUCCGAGAUUGAAGAGAGGCUUCAAAGGUUGGUAAGAGACGAAGAAGACGAAGAAGAAGCGGAAGAAGAAGACAGAGUGUUAGAGAAGGAGAGCACGUUGGUCUCUGAGAGCUCUUGCAAGCCUUUGGUAAAGAAGGCUGUUGAUUAGUAGAUAACUUUAAAUUUGUAAUUAAUGCGUAGCUUUUGUCAUAUAUAUAUAUCCUAAAAAUUAGAAAAUAA